AUGCAAUUUAAUAAGAGAAAACCACGUUAUCCUUUAGCAAAUCCUAUUGAAUACACUCAAGAAGAUUUCGACAAAGAUGGCGUCAAUUUUAAAGCUAAGAUUAUGGGAUCGAUGGAAGUUGACGCUGCUCAAGGUGAAAAGUUAUGCGCUAAUGCUUUGUCAGAAAUCAAGAAUUUCUUUAUCGUCAUUGAAAAUCUUGCUAGACAACUGAAAUUAAAGUCUGCUAGUGGUCAUAAGCAACAAGUGCUUAUUAAAAUUGGCGACAAAGGCAUGACUAUCCUUGACGAAAAAACUGGCGAAAAACUUUUUCAACACAACGCCAACAAAAUUUCGUAUUUGACACCGGAUCGACAGGAUAAUCGGGUUUUUGGUUUGAUUUAUUUCUUGGAUAAGAAACACGUAUUUUUUGCCUAUAAAAGCGAGAAAAAUGUAAUUUUUAAAGGCCGAUUUCAUAGCUAUUUAUACGUUUUAUACGUAGGAAUUGACACCAUUUAUAUCGAUCUUUUGGAACAGGUUACAGCUGCUGUAGUAUUGAACUGUGUCAAAGAUUUCUUUGAACAUCUUGUCCAAAAGAGAAGAAUACGGAAAGAGAAAGAAGCGACACAAAAAAAUGAAGUGGAAAAGAAGCCCGAUCCAGCUACAGAAGCUAACCUCAUAGACGAAAAAGAAACCAAGCCUGUGAGUGUAGAAGAAAUUAAAAAGCAGGAAAUAUUAAAUCUAGCAGGAUCAACAAGUAAUGAAAUUAAACAGGCCGAAGACAAAACUAAUGCAAAUACUGUUACUGAACAACCAGCGGCUACAGAAUCUAAAAAAGAAGUAACAGUAUCAGCUAGCGUUUCCAGCGCAGCAGCUAGCAGGGUAUCCAUACUGCAACCCCCACCAUCAAAGCCAGGCAAUCCUGCUAGCAAUCCACCGCAGAAUACUGUAGCUUCAACAUCCAACGGCUAUGAUAAAGGCUCAUUAGAUAAUAUAUUUAGUCCAAAACCGAGCAAUGCUAACCAAUUUGCUUUUACAAACACUCAGCCUCCACAAGCACAAAAUCAACCCUCUCAAGUCCAGUUAGACGAUAUUUUUAGUCCACAAUCGAACAAUCAAAAUCAAGCUAAACCUGUAAGUAGUCUGCCUGCACAGGGACAUAAUCCAUCUUCUCAAACUUCAUUAGAUGACAUAUUUAGUCCAAAACCGAGUAGUCAAGGCCUACCUGAUGCAGCUCCACAAGGGCAAACUACCGCGUCAAAAGACGGCCUAGAUGACAUAUUUAGUCCUAAACCAAGUAGCCAAGAACCUGCUGCUGCUACAUCUUCUCAAGCAUUAGAUGACAUCUUCAGUCCGCAACCAAGUGGUCAAGAACAAGCUCGAUCUAUGAACAUCCCAGCGGAACAAGGGCAAAAUACAACUUCUCAGGCUUCAUUGGAUGAUAUAUUUAGUGCCCAACCCAGUAACCAAGUCUUAACAAGUAACAAUAAUCGGCCUCAACAAGCCCCAGCAGUCUCAUCUCGAGGUUCAUUAGACGCUGUCUUUAGCUCACAAACUACUACCAGUACUCAAUCCAGUAUUGAAAUUACAACCAAUCAAACUCAAGCAAAUGUUAAUGUGCAACUUUCCAUGAAUGAUCCAUUUAGCCAACCUGCUGGAACUGAUAGCACUACCAACGGUUCAAACCAAUUGUCGCAAGGACAAGACACAAAUAAACAGGUACUAUUGGACGAUUUAUUCAGCUCAGUACCUAGUAGUAAUCAAAAUACUCUUCCACCUGCCAAUCAGCCUUUUAUAAGUACUUCUGUCAGUCCUACGAAUAAUCCAUUUGCAUCUCAAACAAGUACACAAAGUAGUCUAGAAGCAACUAAUAUGCAACAGCAAUCUUUGAUGACACAAAAUGUCUUCUCUGGCCUAUCUGCUUCCUCUCAAGGAAACAAUGCUCAAGAUUCACUCCUAGCUCCAUCAUCUGGUUUCUCUAAUCCUUUCUUUGGCACUAACAGUCGAGUUAAUAGCAGAUCCAACAGUCCUGUCAACACUCCAAGUCCGUUCGAUAGUAGUGCAAUCCCUCCAAUUGGUAGAAGUGCUAGUCCAGCUAAUCCUUUCAAUGCUGGCCCAACCAGCGGUCAAGUUAAUUACAACGCUGGUCAAGGAUUGUUUCUUGCAGAUGAUUCUGCGCCACAGCCUGCCCCUCAAAAAUCAAAAAAUCGCCAAGACGAAAUGGAUAAAGCCUUUGAAGGUUUAAAUGUAUUGGGUCCUAAAGAGACAAAGCCUCAAAAAAGUCUACCUAUGUCGGCCAUGGCUAGCCAAAUAAAUCCAGCUUUCCAGUCGAUUUCAUCAACAAAUCGUACUUUUCAGCCUAUCGAUACGGCCGGAGCUUUCAACCAACAAGUGCCAAUCCAAAAACCGUCAGCUUUUGCACCUGCCAGUGGUAAUAAUAGUAAUGAUUAUAACAACGAUAUAUUUGGAGGAUCCUCUUCUGGAAAUGCUGCUCCUACUCAGCAGGCAUCAGGGCAAGUUGAUCCUUUCGCUGAUCUAUUAAGUUAA